AAACCCAAAAAAGAACAAGCCCCUCCUAAUCCUAGACCCUGGAGUAUCUCCUCUCCCGCUUAAGUAGUUGGAAGGAAACUUAUAGAGAGCUUAAAUUCCAAGCUUUGUAGGUAUCCUAGGUUCAACUUGGGAUUGCUUGGGGAAGCAGAAGAAAUCGUGUUCUCAGCCCUCUUUCUAUGGCUUCUCUUUCUUUUGCUUACUUUCUUUCAUUACCCAGAUGCCAUUCGAAUUGGAAGAACACUAUGCCACAUAAUUUCGUUCAACUUCCAGGUUUUAGAUUGCAGAAUGCAAAAUGCGGUCUUGCAGCUAUAUCCAGAAAGAAAAGUGCAGAAAAGUUGGGUCAAGAGGCAGAUGAGGUUGUUGUGAAGAAAAAGACAACUAGGACUUCUAAAAGGACUAGGAAGAAAGCCACAGCCAAAAGUCCAGAAGAGAAUUCUGAUUCAGAAGUAACUAGUGAGACGAGUGAGGAAAGAUUAAUUUCUGCAUCCAGUGAAGAUUCCAAGAGAACCCCACGAAGGACUCGAAAGAAAGCUGCAUCUGCAUCUACUUCUUCUAGCCUGGUGGAAGAGAAAACCGAGAAGAAGGUAAGGAAGAGGAGGAAGACUAAGAAGAAUAAUGAGGAUUUGGUUAGUGAAGGUGAAGUUAGUGAGUCUGGGGAAUCUACAUUCAUUGCAAAUGUGGUGGAAGAGAGUGAUGAUGAUCUAGGAUUGGAACUAGAUGAGGGAGAAGAUAUUAGCUUCACCUAUGGCUGGCCCCCUCUUGUUUGCUGCUUUGGAGCUGCACAACAUGCUUUUGUGCCAUCAGGAAGGCCUGCCAAUCGGCUAAUAGAUUAUGAAAUACAUGAAAGAAAGAAAGAUGCAUUAUGGGCCCCUGAAAAAUUUGUUAGAGCUCCUGGAGGAUCUGCUGGGAGUGUUGCAAUUGCUCUCGCAAGUUUGGGUGGUAAGGCUGCUUUCAUGGGAAAACUUGGAGAUGAUGAGUUUGGUCGGGCCAUGCUUUACUAUAUGAAUGUUAACCAUGUUCAAACCAGGUGUGUUCGCAUCGAUGCUAAAAGAGCAACAGCAUUAUCACAUAUGAAAAUUGGUAAAAGGGGUCGCCUGAGAAUGACUUGCGUCAAACCCUGUGCUGAGGAUUCCUUAUCAAAGACUGAAAUCAAUAUUGAUGUUCUGAAGGAGGCAAAGAUGUUCUAUUUUAGCACACAUUCUAUGCUUGAUCAAAAUAUGAGAUUGUCCACAUUGCAAGCUAUCAAGAUUUCAAAGAAAUUAGGAGGAGUUAUUUUCUACGACGUAAACCUUCCAUUGCCAUUGUGGCGCUCUAGUGAAGAAACCAAGUUGUUCAUACAGCAAGCAUGGAAACUUGCGGAUGUGAUUGAAGUUACUAAACAAGAACUUGAGUUUCUAUGCGGAAUUGAGGCCUCAGAGGAAUUUGACACCAAAAACAAUGACAUAUCUAAAUUUGUCCAUUAUAAACCUGACGUGAUUGCACCCCUUUGGCAUGAGAAUCUUAAGGUCUUGUUUGUGACAAAUGGGACUUCAAAGAUACACUACUAUACUAAGGAGCACAAUGGUGCUGUUAAUGGAAUGGAGGAUGCCCCCAUUACUCCUUUCACUUGUGAUAUGUCUGCAUCUGGAGAUGGCAUUGUUGCAGGUCUCCUGAGAAUGUUGACAGUUCAGCUAGAUCUAAUUACUGACAAAAUAUACUUAGAGCGCUCUAUCAAGUAUGCAAUUGAUUGUGGGGUCAUAGAUCAAUGGAAACUUGGGCGAGUUCGUGGCUUCCCUCCUAAAGAAGACAUGGAAGAAGUGGUUCCUGAUCCAUAUGGCAUAAGGUCAAUAACAGAAAUGGAAUACCGCACGUUAGAGCCUGUGAGUUGAUCCUGGUGGUUUUCACAGCUGAGUAUGAUUGUAUUGUGUUAUACUCCUUAGAAAUCCUGAAAGUUUUCCCGCCUUUUGUAAAGUAAACUGAUUAGAUUUUGCUUCUUUUUAUUAACAAGCUGACAUGUAUCUCCAAUUGUGAAUCACACCAGUUUUGUAAUUCCAGGGAUAGAUCACAGCUUGAGAAUUUCAAUUUAUCUUAUCUUCAUCUGGGUUUUAGUACUCAAAAAUAUUAGAAUAACAUAUUUUUUAAAUCUGCACUUUUCACAUUUUGAUAGGUCAUUUGCAAACUAUAUAUAAACUCUACAUGUCAUAAGCUGUCUUGGGUUUUGAGUAAUAAUCUAUGCACCAAAAACAAAAUUAAAAAAAAUAACAUAUCACUUUGUAUUAAAAUUUGAUAAAAUUAUAUGAUGACAGGUAUCAUUAUUUGAUUUUCAUGAGUGUCUCCGUCGCUUGCGCCACAAGGAGAUAUAUAAAACAUCAAGUCAUCGAAGAAAUACUAUCUAAUAUGAUGUCCAAUGUAAACCAUACAGGAGAUUGAGCACAUCAAUUUCACCAUGUCUAUUUGAGAGAGAAAAAUGACAUAAUUUUGGGCAUUGGAAAACAAUAUUAAUCUUAUCCCGCACAAAUGAAUAGCCUUUCCUGUCACUUUCUUUAAAAAGAUUGGAGAUGUUUUAGUUGUUUUCAUUCAUUAAUUUAUGAUAGUUUUAAGAUUUAAGGGUAGGUGAAAGUACCUACGCUUUGAAUUUAGCUCCUAGGAGUCUCACCCUGAGCAAUGUUAUGAUGCCAAUUCCCCAUCUUUUUUUAUGCUAAAUUAACCAUUUUUUUUUUGUUUCAUGGAUAAUAUUGCCAACAAAGAACUUGAACAGCCUUAAUACUAAUAAACUUGAGUUUGGAGAAGGUUGUGACUAAAAAUGUAGCCUUACUACCUCAGUAAUUUCCUUAUGAGCAUCUAAAUCAUGGUUCCAUGAACAGAUAGCUUUUACCAUUUUUUUGUUGCUAUCUUAAUCUCUUAAGUGAACAUGUUCAUCAAGAUAUGAUGCUAUCUUGUAGCAUCAAGCCCUAAAGAAUCUAAAAAUUAAGAACAUAAAAAAGGAAAAGAUUGCAUGAAUAUAUAAAAUCCUAAAUAAACAAAUAUGCUACAAGGACACAUGCGAAAAACAAAACUGCACAAAUAAAUGAAAAAUAUUUUAAUUUGUCUAAUAUUUGUUGCUCAAUGAAAGCCGUAAUAAAAAUGAAAACAAUAUGGAUGGAACUGGACCACCAAAAGAAAAGGAAAAGUUAAUAAUGAGAUAUUUAAGAGGAAAAAGACCAAAGCUAAAAAUUAAAUACUGUGAGAAACCCAUAAACAAUUUUUGAAGAAAUUACUGCCAAUUAAACUACCUAAAAAAAAUAAUAAUAAGAAAUACUUUUUUAAGGUACAAAACCUAAAUGGCUUUUGGAUGGUGAGCUGGGCCCAGACCUGCAAUAAAAAAUUGACCAAUCAUUACCCUCUGAGACAAUUUUCAUUUAAGCAAAAUCUUGAUGUCCUUAUUUGUUCCCCAAGAGCCAGUAGGAAGUUAGGAACUAUGGAAGCAUUACAUCCACACAGUAGCAACAAAUACAAACAGUUAAAAACAGAAAUUUAAAUAGCAUUCUCUUAUUCAUACCCCAUUACCACGUCUACCUCCGUCUUAUUCUAUAUUUUACUUGGAACUAGUUUUCUUAACCAAGAUCAAUCAAACCAGAAUCAGAAAAAAAAUAAAACUAGAGUUAAAAUUAAAAAACAGGCUUUUGCAUCGAGGCCCCAACUUUAUUAACCUCUUGUUACAAAAAAGAAAAAAAGAAACAGGCAGAAAAAAAAAAAGAAAAAAGGAUAA